AUGGCAACUACCGGCAGAGGGAUCCGUGUGGCGAUCGAUCGAGGUGGUACCUUCACCGAUUGCAUCGGCAAUCCGGGAACAGGAAAGCUAGAAGAUGACAUCGUAAUCAAGCUGCUAUCCGAAGACCCGGAGAACUAUGACGAUGCACCUCUCGAAGGAAUUCGCCGGCUUCUCUCCAAGUUCACCGGCCGCAACAUUCGGAGGGGGAACCGCUAG